AUGGUAUACCACCAUAGACAAGCUACACCUAUGAAAGCACCUCCUUCGGCUUUGUCGAGAAGCAUUUCAAAAUCUGCUGAGACGUUGGCGAGUUCUACAAAAUCUGGUACAGAACUGAAAGCCCGUAAAGCAAGAAGUACCGAACAGCCUGGAGCGGGGAUCUCGAAGGGCAGUAGUACUGUGGGGCUACCAGCGCUUGUGAAAUGGUCCGGUGGUGACGACAGCCUUCGUAGCCGAUCUCGGGAUGGCAGCGGCAGCAGCAGAGCCGGCAGCGCAGAUCGGAGCACGCGUGGUUCCAGCACUACCCUUCACUCUGACGAAGAUAAUAUUAACGUGGUUAUAAGAGUUCGACCUGUAAAUGACAAAGAGCGGUCAGUGAGGGAAAGGAAUAUGUUAGAAUUCCCCGGGAAAGGACAAAUCAUAUGCCACGGAACAACACCUGGACAGAAACCUAAAGUGUUCUCGUAUAAUGUUGUUUUUGAACCGGCUGCAACACAGGAAGACGUUCUCGAAUAUUCCGGUGUGAAGCGGUUACUGGAGAUGGCGGUAGAAGGGUUCUCGUGUACCGCCUUCUGUUACGGACAGACUGGUAGUGGGAAGACCCACACGCUCACUGGACCACCUGGACUGGUGGAGAGUGGGGCCAGUCCGUAUUCACCAGAGCAUGGUCUGGUUGUCAGAUCGUUUGUGUAUCUGUUUCGUCUGAUUCGGGACCACCCUGAUAGCCACUUUGUGCUCAAAGCUUCCUUCUUGGAAAUUUACAAUGAAAAGGUGAUAGAUUUGUUGAACCCAGGCAGUUCAAGGAAACCGCUCCAAGUGCGCUGGUCAAAGGAGAGUCGGAGUUUCUACGUAGAGAACCUUUUCAUGGUGGACUGCGAAGAGUUAGACGAUCUGUUUGCCGUACUGGAAGAAGGCAUGCGCAACCGCGCCGUCGGUUCCCACGCAAUGAACAGUCACUCGUCUCGCUCGCACACACUGCUAUGCGUGCGAGUGAGACGGGACGUGCGCACCGACGGUGACGUCACGUGCUCCACGCACGGCAAGAUCAACUUCGUGGACCUCGCCGGCAGCGAGAUGACCAAACGUACCAAUAGCACGGGGAAGACUUUGGAGGAGGCGAAUAACAUUAACCGGAGUUUGAUGGUGUUGGGAUAUUGCAUAGCCCAACUAAGUGACGGCAAGAAACGUGGUCACAUACCGUACAGAGACAGCAAGUUGACCAAAUUGCUGGCUGAUAGUCUCGCUGGGAACGGAGUCACGCUUAUGAUCGCCUGUAUAGCCCCAACGAAGUCGAAUUUGAGCGAGACAAUAAACACAUUACGAUACGCCGCCAGAGCUAAGAAGAUCAAAUCAAAACCUAUUGUUAAAAUGGAUGCAAGGGACGCUUUAAUAUUGAGUCUGAAGCGAGAGGUGGAAAGUCUUCAGGCCGAGAAUAGUCAUCUCCGUACAGCGCUACACAUACAGACAGACUACAAUAUGGACGCUUACAGCCAAAGAAAGCGGCAACUCCCGAUCGAGCCGAACAAGCUCUACCAGCUGCCGCAAUCCGAGCUCGUCGAACUGAUCCAACUCCACAUGGAAGAGAACUCAGCGUUACGACACGAGAACACGGAACUCUUCUCGAUAAGAGACCAGCUGGCGAGGGACCAGGAGAUAUUGAGUAGAGAAAACGAGAGAUUGCUCAAGAAAUUGGAAGAUGUCAAUUCCGUGUGCAUCAGAUCUCCAAUAAUACCAGCUCGACCGGCCUAUUCCCAUGUCGGAUCUAAUGAAUCAAAUAUCUGGACGAACACCGCAAGUUCCACCAACAGUGUUGCUAGUGAAGACAGAUAAGUGUUAAGUAUAAAUACUAAGUUUAUUAAUUUUUUAUGAACAAUUCAAAAUAUUAUAUGAUAUAGAAAAUAGAUAGAUGCAUAUUUUCUUAACAGAGCGAAAAUAUUUUCCAAAUGCUUAGGCCUUAACAAAUAAUGUAAAUAUAAAUAUACAACA